AUGGCUAAUUGCUUCCGAAUGCUAUGGGUGCUUACCCCAAUUCCUUUGCACCUUUCUACACUUCUUUCGCCAAAUACCCCUCCCCUACUCUCUUAUCCGCAUCCCGCCCUAUACGGAAUACCCCUGUCAGGUCUCGAGAUGCACACCCUGCAAAGACUUCUGGCUGUAGCUGCGGCCUCGUGGACAUUCUUCAACGAAGCCGCAGCCAUCCCGGGACUGCCAGCGUUUGCCACCAGCAAUCUGAUGCAGGAGACGACCGAGGAGACAAGCGCCAGUCCUUCAAGGUCGGUCCUUGCUACUUCGACCAUCCAUCUCAGCUCGGCCUCAGCAGCAGCAGCAGCUGCUGCUGCUGCUGCGGCUGCAUCCUCCAGGCCUUCAUUCCAAUUCUUCUUUGCGCCCAUGGUCGUCACUCACUCCAUCCUUCCUCAGACGACCCCGUUCCCGUUCCCCAUGGUUUCGUCCUGUCCUCCUCCCCCCCCGAUCUGUCCUCCUUGUCCGUCUAUUCAGCAGACAGUCACUGUCACCGUGACCUCGUGCCCCACGGGAGCUACUUCCCCGGCAACUGCUGCAGGUGGUGCUACAGGCACUACAGGCGCUACGGGCGCUACGGGCGUAGCUGGUGCAUCUGCUUCGAGUACCCAAACUUCAGCGACUCAGGCGUCUGCUAGACCAGAAACAACUGCCAGUGCCAGAACAGAAACCAGUGCUAGAACCGGCACUAGCGCCCCAGGACAGACAUCGUCCACAGUGACCAUCCCACUAAGUAGCACCAUCGUCCAUUCGACCACCUCACCGAGCCUGCAUACCAGUACCCCGACAUUCGCCAACCAAACCGCCACAGGUACCGCAACAGCAACAGGACAAACCUCAUCCACAGCCGGCGCCGGAGCAGUUGGCACUGGAACCAGUGCUCACCUUACUGCCACCGGUACCUCUUCAGCAUCCGCCCCCGGGGGAAUAACAAGCCCCGGUACCACCCUCUCCUCAACGUCUAUCUCAAGCGCAGUCCAUCCAGGAACCCCGUCCAGUACUGCUUCUAUCCCAUCAAAUCCCACCACCAUCUCACCAAUCCACUUUCCAUCGACAUCCCCACACACUACAAUUCAAAGCAGUAUCUCUCAGACAUCGGAAAUCAUAUCAUCCCAAUCCCCAAUUACCCGCACUACCCCCGUUACUCCCAUAACUCCCAUAACCCACACUACCAGCAGAACCAGCAUAACCACACAAACAUCCCCCACCGAACAACCAACGCUCUCCCCGCCUUCGUCGCCCGAGGCCUCACCCACACCAAAUACCGUCCGGUCUGUCAAGGUGAGCCGGGGUAUCAACAAGGGCAGGGGUGUGUUGAAUAUCACCGUUCCACAUAACGGCCAGUCUAACCAUCCUGGAAACCCCGGAGACAGUGGAAAUUCCGGAAACCCUGGACAGCCUGGAAUCCCUGGGGGGAGAGACGGCUCCGGGGUCUCCGGGAACGUUACGAUGCCUAAUAUCACAAAGCCGGGGAAACCGACCAAGAGGGCAGCGCCUAUCUUUAUACCUGGUCUUGAGGCCUAG